AUUAUGGUCACAUGACCUAUCACAUGAGUUUAGUAAACCAGGAAGAUGGCGGACGAAAGCGAGAGACAACCUCUCCUUGUAAACAAUCAGAACACUCACGGAUUAGGAAGUCCGCCAGCUUAUUCGGCGGUGCCAGGACCAUCUGGCGAAAAUGUGACUGUUCCACCAAUAGGUCCUGAUGAGUUACCUCCCCCUUACACCCCCACCGCUCAGGGUGGGAUUCCCAUGGUGAACUGUAAAGUAUGCCAGGCACUCAUCAACAUAGAGGGAAAAACAAACCAGCAUGUUGUCAAAUGUACCGUGUGUAAGGAGGCUACACCAAUCAAAGCACCCCCACCAGGAAAGAAGUAUGUGCGAUGCCCUUGUAACUGUCUGCUGAUCUGCCGAAGUUCGGCUCAAAGAAUAGCUUGUCCGAGACCAAAUUGUCGUAGAAUCAUCACCCUUGGAAAUAUGAUUUCCACGGUAACGGUACGGUCUCCGGGGACUCAGAGGAUUCGGUGUGCCCACUGUGGGGACAUAUACCUGUUCAACACUUUGGGAAAUAACCUACUAGCAAGAUGUCCACACUGUAGGAGUGUGUCAUCGGUGGGACCAGAAUACGCCAGAAGAAGGGCAACCAUCUGCUUUGUGUUUGGACUGAUAUUCCUUGGAGCUGGAAUUGGUGUCACGGUGGGGACCUAUGAGUUGGCCAGUGAAAGUGGUGGUAUAUACACAGUGUGGAUAGGAGCAUUCCUUACUGGCAUCAUCUUUGUCUUACGAGGAAUCUACUUCGCUGCUAUGAAGGUCAGCAAUGUUGUGGAAUCUGCUGCAGCAUAAAUACAAAGAAAAGAUUUCGACCUAUCGGUGACAACAGGAAAAUGACCAAACUAUAGAAAAGAUCAAUUGAGAAUGUCACCAUGUUUUUUUUUAAAUCUUUGACUGGAAGAUAUAUUUUGUGCGCUUGGAAUUUUCUACUGAAGAAAUUAUUUUACAUUUUUUGGGCUAGAUGAUUUUUGUACAAUUUUGACACUUUUUAUGCUUUUUCUUUCUUUAUGCUACAAACCUACUGAUCACAAAAUGAUGUUGUAAUGCUAUUUAAUUUCACAUUACUAAAGAUGAUUUUAUAUAAAAAAAAAAUUGAAUUGAAUUCCUACAAGUUUAAAUACAGUCAGAAUUAUUAAGUCACAAAACAUUUCUGUAUGAAAAUACUUUUUAUGGAGAUGAACUCUCCCUCCUCAUGUACAUAUACACAAACCAUUAUCAUUGUAACAGUAUGUCACCACCAUACCUGUAACAGUGUAUCACCACCAUAGCUGUAACAGUGUAUCGCCACCAUACCUGUAACCGUAUGUCACACCCAUACCUGUAACAGUGUAUCAAUGCCAUACCUGUAACAGUGGAUCACCACCAUACCGGUAACAGUGUAUCACCACCAUACCUGUAGCAGUGUAUCACCACCAUACCUGUAACAUUGUAUCACCACCAUUCCUGUAACAGUGUAUCACCACUAUACCUGUAACAGUGUAUCACCACCAUUCCUGUAACAUUGUAUCACCACCAUACCUGUAACAUUGUAUCACCACCAUUCCUGUAACAGUGUAUCACCACCAUACCGGUAACAGUGUAUCACCACCAUACCUGUAGCAGUGUAUCACCACCAUACCUGUAACAGUGAAUCGCCACCAUACCUGUAACAGUGUAUCGCCACCAUCCCUGUAACAGUAUGUCACACCCAUACCUUUAACAGUGUAUCA